ACCAAACACUAAUUGACCUCAUCGACGAAAUUGAUGUAAAGCUAUAAACAGUACUCCAACAUCUUCUAUUCUUUGACUUGGCAAUUUCCACCUUCAAAAGGCGGGCGGCCAAAUAAUCCCACGCUACUCACGGGUAGCUUGGUAACUUAAACCCUAAAAAAUAAAAAAAAAUAAAAUAAUGUUUGUUCAACGGUAGCAUUUUGUAACGAAGACAUCACGUCGCUCUGUUCGCUGGACGUGUGCAGCUGCUUCUCCACACAACGCCUGUGCCAGUCGAUGUGACCAAAACUGGGAGGCGGACGAACGCGUAAAAUGAGCAACAACGACAUACCCUUCGGCAUACGGAUAGUGCAGAAAUUGUCGCGACAAUGCUGCCCCCGCCUGCACGCCCGCCGAGAUCUGCUCUACAAGGUAUCAAUUUUUGUGCUGACUUUUCUUGCCUAUGUCUGCUAUCACAUGUGCCGAAAGCCGAUUUCGGUGGUCAAAUCGGUUCUCCAGGGAAACUGUUCCUCUGCGCUGGCAGCCCAGCUGCACGAAGGCCAGGACUGUGGCUAUGCUCCUUUUGAUGGACCCGAUGCCACCAAACUUCGGCAUGCUGGACUCGGCGUUUCUCUUCACUUAUGCCAUUGCCAUGUUUGCGUCUGGUUUUGUGGCGGAGCGCGUUUCCCUGCGCUACGUUCUGUCAAUGGGAAUGAUCCUCACUGGCAUCUUCACGUACAUGUUUGGCAUUGCCCGCACCUCCAAUAUACACAGUCUCUGGUACUUUAUCCUUAUCCAGAUCUGUGCCGGCAUAUUCCAGACCACGGGAUGGCCAGGCGUGGUCACGCUGGUGGGUCGCUGGUUUGGCAAAUCAAAUCGCGGCCUCAUAUUUGGCAUCUGGAACAGUCACACGUCCAUUGGCAACAUAUUGGGCACCUUAAGAGCGGUUGGUUUUCUACUCUUCCUGUUCCUGGUGGAUCAGCCGGAGAUUGUGGGAUGCUAUCCGGACAGCGUGCCGCACGAGCGUCGCGUUACCAACGACUCGGACGAGGAGCAAGUGCGCCACAACGAUGCCGAAAUCAGCUACAGAUCGACGCCAACGGAACGCACACCAAUCUUGGCUCGUUCCCAGUCGCAGAACCAUCAGAGGGAGCACGGAGCUGGUCGUCCCAUCAGCCUCAUCGAUGCUCUAUAUAUACCCGGCGUUGCGGAGUUCUCGUUAUGUUUGUUCUUCACCAAGCUGGUCAGCUAUACAUUCAUGUACUGGCUGCCCUUGUACAUACAGUCUUCCAGCACAUUGGGUCCCACUCUGUCCGCUGAUCUGUCUACGCUCUUUGAUGUGGGUGGCAUUUUCGGGGCCAUAGCUGCGGGCUACUUAUCCGAUCUGACUGGAAUGUCGGCCACCAUCUGCAUGGGCAUUAGCGGGGCCAGGACAGCUCCUUGGAGGGCAAUGCCAACGCUCUGGCCACUGUGACGGCCAUCAUCGAUGGCACUGGCUCGAUUGGUGCAGCUGUGGGGCCCCUGCUAGCCGGCCUGAUCUCCACCACUGGCUGGCAAAAUGUCUUUUACAUGCUCAUCAUAGCCGACAUCCUUGCCAUGUUGCUGAGUCGAGUGGUCGUCAAAGAGUUCGCCUCGCUGCGGAGAUCACCGAGAUCACCGGCGGACCUCGAGGCGAUUGAUGUAGUCUGACCUUAUUAAUAAGAUAUUUUGAUAACCGUUUUGUGUACAUCGUGCAUUGUAUAGCAUUCAUAAAGAAGUGUAUUGUUUCCAUUCGAGAGCGUACGAGUAUCAGAGCCGAUCUGAUUCUAGUUUUAUCCUACCCAUUAUACUAGUACAUGUCGUAUAUCAGUAAUGUUAUUUUAAAUGUUUUCGUUCAACAGGCCGGAAUGUUAACCAUUAUCCUAAGCCAUCUUUCAAGUUUACACUUUUGAUAUAUUGCGUACAAAUACUAUAUACUACAUAUACGAUUUAUAUAUUUAUAAAUAUACUACAUAUACAUAUUUAUAUAUUUUGUAAUCUUGUGUGUGCGUGUGUCAGAGUCUCUUCGUUUUAAGUGCCGAACUAUCAUUAGUAAUAGCGUAAUUAUACUGCUAUGUAAAUACAGUUUAUCCGUACACUUUUCGUACAUCAAUAAAACCGGAAGGACCGUCCGCCCCUCACGGCAGUCCAAUUUCUGAGCGCUA